GAAAAAUAACAAGCAGCAUAGUCGUCACGUACCCCUUUCCGAAGGAAUUCCACGAGAGUUCCCGAUUCCAUUUAAAUAUUCCAAACUUUGUACGUAACAAAAAUAACAAAAACUGAUCUGGACUCGACCAUCGUCUUCUUCCAAGUGGGCAGCGCGAAGGCGCCAAGAAAGCCUGUGUGAGUUGUCACCGGUGCGGGUGCUACGUCUGAAAGCAAUAGCCUUCGUUCGCGCCAACCUUCUCUGCGGCUUCGCGCGCUCCAUGCAGAAGCUGCCUCCCCUCCCUCCUCUCGCCUCCUCCUGCCUUCCUCGUCCAAAUCGAGGAACCCUUCAACCCCGCCCAUGGGUAUAAACCACCGGCCGGCGACCACGCCAGCCCCAUUCCCAUUCCCACCCGCCGCUCGCCACCGCACCGUACGCCGCCGAUCGAGGGAGAUCUGUCUGCCGUGAGCUAGGGAGCAAGGACGCGAUGCCGUCGUCGAGGCUCGUGCCCAAGGACGGCGAGUGGGACGGCGGCGUGGCGCUGGAGGUCACCGUGCUGUCGGCCGAGUCGCUGCGCCUGCCGCCCACCUACUCGCCUCUCCCGCGCCGGCUGCGGCCCUACGUCGCCGUCUCGUCCUCCUCCUCCUCCUCCUCCGCCGGCUGCAGCACGGGCGUGGCGCCCGCGUCGUCCGGCGCGGGGGAGCACUCUUGGGCCGACGUCGGCGAGGACGCGCGCCUCGUGGUGCCCGUGGGCGCGGGGUUCCUGGAGGGCCGCGACGACGUGCGCGUGGCGGUGCUCUCGGAGUCGGGCUGCGCGCGGCUCGUGGGCGACACGCCGCUGGGCUGGUGCCGCGUGCCCGCCGCCGACGUGCUGGAUGGCCUCCGCCCGCCCCGCGCGCUCCGCAGGCUCAGCUACUCGCUCCGCUGCCCGCGCCGCGGCGGGCCGGGACACGGCGUCGUCCACCUCGCCGUGCGCGUCCUCGGCGACGUCCACGUCCACGUCGCCCGCCCGGACCCCGCCCCGCCCGCGCAGCCCGGCUGGUGCCGCGUCGCCAUGGGCAUCCCGGUCUCCGGCGCCGCGGCCGUCGUCGGCACACCGUCUCCCUGGGCAUGGAGCCAGACGUCGCGGUGACCCGUGAUCGAGGACUCAUGACUAGCCGUGGAAGAAGGGUGGAACUUGCGCUCGCGCCCGCGGCGACCGGUUCUUGGGUUUGACUAAUCGCCACCGGACCGGGAGACGAAAGCGACGGGGGAUUAGUCAAAAACUCGAAGCUAGCUGCCGGGCUGAUUCCUCGCAGCUGCGUACGGACGUGCGAGACGGGAGCUGAUUGGACGCGCUGCCGGCCGUCGGCGGCGGUGCUUGACCCCGACGUGUGGAAUACGGCCGAUCGAACGUGCCGGUGUAUAUAUACGUCAUCGUCUAGGGAAGGUUCCUAGUGCCGGAGAGAUUGUGCACAUCUCUGUCGUCCAAAGUGUAAAUUCAGUAAAUAUGUGCAAAGGCAGGCUAAUGUGAAGUUUUCAGUGCAAACUAAACAAGUUGGAAUGCAAUUUUUGUUUUUGUA